AUGACUCCCAGAUUCCAGGAAUUAGGUCUGAGGACAGCGUCGGAUACCAGACGCUGGAAUAAAAAGAAGAAAACUAUCGUGUCCAGCAUCUCUGAUGACAAUCCCGACUUCGAAUUAGAAGGCUACACUGUCAUCGGAGUGUGUUACUCACUCCUUGCAGCAAGUCUGUUCUUUGGCCCGUAUCUUAAUAUAGCAAUAGGACCUAAAUUAACAAUGAUCAUCUCUGCUGUUGGAUUCAUGAAUCUGUGGGGUAACCUGUUUGUCUAUUACAUAUUCUACGGAAAGCAGCAUAUUGACCAGUUCACAAGAAGAACAGUGCUAUACUUAUUGGCGGGAAUAAACAUACUGGCAAUAGUAUCACUCAUGACUCUUCCCAAGUCUUCCAGUGAAAGUAAAACAGAGAGCUACAGUCCUUCAAAAACAGUAAAAAAGUGUUUUGCCAUCCUUAAGUCACGGAAGAUGCAUUGGCUAAUGUUCACAUUCAUCUAUACAGGUUUGCAAGAAGCAUUUGGAGAUGGAAUAUAUAGUCCGAGUAUUGUGAUUCACUUUGGCAUUUGGAAUUACGGCAAGGAGUUGGUAGCACUAAGUGGUAUCUUAAUGAGUAUCGGCAGUCUAAUUG